AUGGAUGAGCAAAUUCAUAGUAAUGUUGAUGAAUUCAAUCAUUUAACAUUUACAAAAAGCGAAGUAACAUUUCUAGUUGUCAUAUUCGCUGCGGUAGUUAUAUUAGCUGUAGUUGGAAAUACAAUUGUAUGCAUAUUAUUACGCUUUCGUUAUUGUAAUAUAUUCAAAUUUUUCACAAAUACAUUAAGAUGUAAAAAGAAAUAUUCCUUGUCCAAAUCUAUCAAUAAUAAUAAUAAUAUAGAUCCAUGGGUUGAUGAAUGUCCAAGUAGUCAACAUGAAUGUAGUUGUGGUAAAACGUGUAUUGUACAAAAUACUCAUCGUUAUGUAAUUUUUAAAUCAACACAUAAACAAUGUGAACCAGGAGCACGUGGUGGAAAUUAUACAGGAUCACUUACUGUAGCCAAUAAUAUAUCUAAUUUACCAAAUGAAAAACGUAUUAAUUUAACUACAAAACGAAAAUGGAAAGCAGAUAAUUAUUUAAGAGGCAUGCGUACUUCAAGUAUAACAAGUUUAUUUUUAUUCAAUCUUAGUUUAGCUGAUAUACUUAUGGCUGUAUUAUGCAUUCCAAUGAAUGUGAUUACAGAAAUUGUUUAUCUAUGGUGGCCUCUUGGUGAACCAUUAUGUAAAAUUGUACCAUAUGCACAAGGUGUAAGUGUAUUUGUCAGUGCAUUAACUCAUGUACUUAUUUCAUGGGAUAGAUUUGUUUUGGUGUUUUUUCCACUUCAACCAAGAAUGACACAACGUAAAGCUGUUUACUUAUUACUUUGUGUAUGGAUAUUAGCAUUAAUUAUUCCAUUACCUGUUCCUAUUGUAAAUAAAACUGUGAAGCGUGACAAUGAAACAUUUUGUGUAGAAGACUGGAGUCUUUUAUUAUCAUCGAUUAAAACAAUAAAUGUGGAUAAUUUUACAAAUUUGGGACAAAUUAAUAAUGAAAUAACACUACAAAUGUUUGACAAACCUGUUACACUGCAAAUCGAUGUUGUCUACACAAUAGUAUUAAUGAUAUUACAAUACUUUCUACCAUUAGGUAUGAUCUGUGGGACAUACACUGCCAUAGGUAUCAAAGUGAAUCGUUUACAAACACCCGGAGAGCGUGAUAGUGCAAGAGAUCAAAAGUUGACUAGAGCUAAACGAAAGAUGGUGAAAAUGUUAACAUUGGUAGCAUUGAUGUAUGGUUUAUCGCAACUUCCAAGACACACAAUCUAUUUGCAUGGAUUGAUCAAUCGGGAAUUUUGGUUCAAAUCAUACUCUAUUAAAGCAUGGGCUGCAGCAAAUUUCGCUCGUGAUUCAUCAACAUGUUACAAUCCAUUUAUUUAUGCAUGGAUAAAUAAAAAUUUUCGACAAGAUAUUUAUCAUCUCUUCUAUUCAUGCUUUUUAUCAUGUUUUAAAAUACGAUUGCCAAAAUUAUCACGUUCAAAUAAAACAAUUUUAUCAAGUCGUAAAAAUCAAAAUAAUAAUAAUAAUAAUAACAACAAUAAUAUUCAACUGCCUAUUAUUCGUAUGAGUCAACCGUCUGUAAAUGAAGAAAGUCCAAAUCGUGUUCAUUUUUUCCCGAUAAGCCAUUCAGCUACUCACACUGAAUUACAUGAUGAAUCAAAUGUAAAUCGUUUUUCAGAUGCGUAAACACACUAACAUCCAUGAAAAUUUUAUUUAUGACACUCAAAUUGUUCUAAUGUUGAGGAGGAACCUUCUACCGUAAAUGACGUUUUGAGUUGUCCUGUUUAUUCAGAAAUAAAUUAGCUAAAAUAUAUAUUUUGUACAUAUA